AUGAUUACUUCCAUAAAUGUUAUCCAUGAAUUACUAACGACAAUUUAUUGCUGCAUUUUUUCAAGAAAGAGAAAGGACAUAUAUAAAUAUGAUGUAUUGUUAUAUUUACAAGACUAUUAUUAUUUUGAUGUAAUAAAAAGAGUAAGUGAUGAUAUAAAAGAAUUGGAUGAUGAUUCUAUAACAAUUGAAAUAAAUAAUAAUGAAUAUGAAGAUAUAACGAAUGGAAAUACGAGUUCCUCUUUUUUUAAUUCUACAUUUGAAAACUUUUGUAUACAUAGAGGAUAUGAUAUAAUAAAAGAUAAAACAUAUUCAAAUGAAUAUGAGAAAAGGGUUGAUUUUCUUCAUGAGCUUCUUUGUGACCUAUUAUGUUUAUUAUUAAAUAAAAAUAAUGAAACAAAAAAAGAAAACGAUGAAAAGAACAACAAUAAUAAGAAGAAAAAUAUAAAUUAUAAUAAAGAUAGAACAAUUAACAAAAUGUAUCAUAACGAUAAUUAUUAUUUAUUAAAAAAAUCUUGGGAACAUAUUCAAGACAUUUUAAAAGAUAUAAAUAUAUUAAAUGAAAAUAAAUAUGUAGAAGAUAAUAUUAAUGAAAAAAAUAUAAAAGAUAUAUUAUAUAUUCAAAAAGAAAAAUUAAUAAAGAAUGAAGAUAUAAUAAUUAAAAAAAAUGUAGAUAUAAAUAAAAUAACAUUAUUAAAUAAUUUAAUUGAAAAAUAUAAUAAUGAAUAUAAAUUCAGAUUUUAUUAUAUUUUCUUAAAUAAUUAUCUAACUAUUCAAACAAUGUUAACAUCAAAUAUGAUAUAUUUAUAUUCAUAUGAAAUACAAAAUAUUAUACAAAAAAUUAUAAAAAUUAAAAUAAAUUUAUAUCAACCAUUAACUAUUUAUGAUGUCUUAUCUUUUCAAUAUGAUCAAAUUGUGUUUCAUAAAAGUUCUUAUAUGAAUUUAAUAUCUCCUGUAAAAAAAAUUAAAAUAUUAAAUAAUAUUGUAGAAAGAGGAGGAGACCCUGAUGAAUUUUCUAAAAAAGUAAUAAUCAAAGAUGUUAUUAAUGCAAAUAUUUCUUUAAAAGCAAAGUUUAAUAAAGCUAGAACACAAAAUGAUAAUAACUGGGGAAAUAGUAAAUAUAAAGUUAGAAAUUAUUACGAUAACAAUAGACGGUGA